UUCCUCAGGUGCAGCUUUGCCGGGGGGAAGUGGGGCUCGAGAAAGGAGGCCUGCUGGUGCUGGUGCUGCUACUGCGGCUGCUGCUGUGGUUGGCUCUAGUGGUGGUGCUGGCAGUACUGUUGGUGGCGCUGGUGCUGCUGUUGGUGGCAGCGAUGCGGGUAGAGGUGGCCGGGGCGGACUUGGCAGCAGAGGGGGGGGAGAGAGAAGGACGGGUGAGAUUCCUGAGAGCAAGCAUCAGGGGGGUAGACUGAGGGUGAUUGUGCCGUCCAGCCAAGACGUGGAUGGGUGGGGGAAACGGGAUCAGGCGGAGCAGAGCCAGGGGGGGGAAAGUGAGGGGGAACAAGUGCUGGACAGGGUACAGCGUUCCUCAGAGGAGGGGGCAAUGGGGCAAGACGAUGGGGCUGAUGCGCUGGCAGAGCUGGGGGACGAAUGGGUUAAAGCCAAGAGGAGAGGUGCAGCAGCGUCAGGUGGAACGCCAGGUGCCGCGUCAGGUGCACUGUCAGGUGCAGCAGGGGGAGUACCAGAGCCUAGGCGGGCAGGGCACCAUCAGCGGAGCUCCUCCCUGCACCUGCCUUCACCGCACCCCACCGCUCUCUUCUCGCCCUCCUGCCCUCCCUUGCGCCCCCGCCGCCUAUCCAUCUCAAAGGACACGGAUGAGGGAGAGGUGGAGAAGGAGGAAGACACGGGGGUGGUGCUGGUGCCACGUGGCCGCAACAACCACCAAAGCCACCCCCUCGUUGACCAUCAGCAGCAGGAGCAGCAGGCGGGGGGAAGGUCCCCCUCGCCGCGUGCCACCGCCGGCCGGUUCGGACCCAUGAGUGUGCGCGAUAACCCCACCACCCCGCGACUGUUCUCCUCUGACGACUGGGCCUUUUCUUUGGAUGGUGCCUCUGGUGCGUCUGGGGCGUCAGCGCCCACCACUCCCAGGGACGAGGAGGUAGCAGGGAGAGCCGCAGGGAAGGGGGGUGCUUUUGAGUCAAAUAAGGAAAGCGAGGGAGGCAGGGACAUAGCAGGGAGGGGUCUCAGGAAAGCGGGUGGAAGCGAGGAGGCGGUGGGUGGUUUGGGAGGUAGUGGUGGAAGUUUUGGGAGUGGUGGUAGUGAGAGUGAUGGGGCUCACGGUGGUGGUUUGACCGGUGGUGGUGGUGGCGGCAGCGGUGGCGGUGGUGGUGGUGGUGGCGGCGGCGGUGGUGGCGGUGGUCGCGGUGGUCGCGGCGGUGGCGGUGGUGGAGGAGGAGGGGGGGGGUCAACGGGUUUUGGAAGGAGGGAGCGAGCAGGAGCAGGGGCAGGGGCAGGUGGGAGUGGGCAGGAGGCGAGGCGGGUGUUUUGGAGCCACUUCCGCAGUGCGAGUGUGAGCGAGCUGCCCCUAUCCCCGUCGCAGCUGCUCUCCCCGGAGCAUCCCUUCUCAGCAAUAUCUGCCUGGGAUGCACUCCCUGUGCGCAUAGGGGGCAGUGCUAUGGAGACUGGGGGCCGAGAGAUGGGUGUGGGUGGGGAAAGCUGGGAGAGCAGUGGCAGAAGGGCGGUUGCUGCUGCUGGGGUCGCUCCCGCUGCUGCUGCUGCUGCUGGUGCUGGUGCUGGCGGUGGGCAAAAGGAGGUGAAGCGGGAUGGUGGUGGUAGUGAUAAUGACGAUAGGGGUUCUGGCGGGGAUGCUGACGAGGGCGACGAUGAGGAUGACGUGUUUGAACAGCUCAUGCAGCGCCAGCUGGACGCAGUCAGCAGCCGCAGCAGCCACGUCAGCACCAAGUCACCAGCCCUCUCUUCGUCCUCCUCCUUUUCCUCGUCCUCCUCGUCUUCAGCUGCUGCUGCUCCAUCCGUCCAUUGCAACCGAUCCAAGUCUUACGACGCUGCUGAUAUGUGCCGUAACAACAGGCAGCAGCAGCAGAAUCAUCAUCAUCAGCAGCAGCAGCAGCAGCAUCAGCAGCAGCAGAAUCAUCAGCAGCAGCAGCAUCAUCAUCACAGUAGCUGUGUGCAUGGUGGUGGCGAGAGAAUCAGCAGUCGUAGUGCCACUCCCAACACCAAUGAUAGCAUUAGCGCCAGUGCUGACCCCCACGCGCGUACCACUGCUGCAGCCUCGGCAGCCACAGCCUCAGGAGCCACAGGUUCGGCAGCCACAAGUUUGGGUUCAUCCCCUAGGCUUGGUCACACAACCAAAGCAUCUGGCCCGGGUUCAAGUUCGGGCUCGGGUUCUGGUUCGGGUUCAGGGGCUCGGUUGAGCUCUGGUUUGGGACUGGGGCGUGCAGCCGCACGAAUGCUGUUCCCCAAGUCGUCUAGUGGUGGCAGCCGAACUGGUCGGGGGGAGAGCACUCCGCCCCUCAGCCCCCAGUCGUCCCCCCCUCCGUUGGAUUCAGGGGGCGAUGUGUACCAACGGACACGAUCGCUCGGCGCGUACGAUAUCACCAAGUAUAGGCACAGCAAGAGUAAGAUCGGCCGAAGCAGCAAGGACUAUGGGGAAGGCAGUGCUAGUGGUAAUGCAGCAGUCAGUAGCAGCAGUGGUAGUGGUUUUACAGUCAAUAACAGCAGUGGUAGUGGUAUUACAGUCAAUAACAGCAGUGGUAGUGGUAUUACAGUCAAUAACAGCAGUGGUAUUAUUGGUACCAGUAACUCGUCUGGUAUUCAUCCCCUGCUGCUGGAUGGCCGAGCAGCAGUCAAGUCCCCAAUCCCCCGCUCACCCUCUCGGGGCAACCCCCCUCCGCCCCUCCCUGCUGCUUCUCCUCUUCACCCUUCUCCCCCGCGCAAUGCGCGAAUGCACGCUACCGCUGCGUUCCCUCAGUCGGCUAGUGCAGGUGGCAACCGUAACGGAGAUAGCAGCAGCAACAGCCACGGCAACAGCAACAGCAGAAGCAGCAGGGUCGACGGAUCUGGGAAAAAUGCUGCUGCUGCUGCUGCUGGAAGCGGAAUGGAAGCAAAGGUGGCAUGGCCAGAGCAGGGGCAAGCAGAAGUAAGAGGAGCUUCAGCAGCAGCCGCUUUACUGCGAACACAAUCCGGGGAGAUGCCAGGCGCGAAGCAGCAGCAGCACCAGCCGCAGCAGCAGAGAAGGGCGCUGGAGAGGUUUCCAGUGCACCGCAUGGGACAGCAGGAGGUGAAGCUGGCGUGGGACGACAUUCUAGGGGAUGGAGCUGAUGGGAGCUCUAGCAGCCGUCGACCUACCAUUACCAGCAGCAGGAGCAGCAGCAGCAACGAGUCGAAAACAGCACCCUUGGUCGUGCCUUCUCGUGUGUUUAAAAGAGAAGGUUCAGAGUCCGAGUCUUGGGUUUCUGCAAGCCAGCAGCAAGGGGCUGCAGGAAGUGCGGCGGGCAGAGAUGCAAUCACUGCAAAAGCAGCAGAGUCGUUUUUUACAGCAGCAGGAGGCAGAGGAGAUGUGAGAGCAGGAGAUGGCGCAGCAAAUGGGAGGGUUAGUAUGAGCAGGGUACACGAGGUAGUAGGUGCUGCUGGGACGAGUGGAGAGUGGGGGAUCGCAGGGGAAGAGGAGGAAUGGGAGGAGGAUGAGGAGGGGGAGGAGGAGGAGGAGGAGGAUUGGGAGGAGGGGGAAUCCCAGGCGGAAUUUGCUUUUGGAGUGCUGGCAGGGAUGGCAGAUGAUGAUGAUGAGAGGAGAGACUCUGUGGAUCUUGCUAUGGGCAGGCGGAAAGUGCCCAGGAGCGGCAGCAGUGGCAGCAGUGGCGGUCGUGACACCAGGCUAAAGCCGCGAAGCAGCAGUGGCGGCAGCAGCAAUGCGAGCAUUAUCAAUGCCAGCAGGAGCAGCAGCAGUAGCAAUACCUGUACCGAGCUGCUGUCAGGCACAGAUGGAGCAGCAGCAGCAGCAGCGGCGGCAGCAGCAGCAGCAGCAGCAGCAGCGGCAGCGGCAGCAGCAGAAGCACCAGAAGCACCAGGAAGCGCAAGCAGCAAUCGGGUGCUUUCAAAGGAGCAACUCGAUCCAACUCAUUCCCAGGACCACUCAGCCAGUAUCAAGCAGGACCUAUCAACCAACCCCCCACCCGACCUGUCAACCUACCCAUGUGAGGUGUUUACUCUGCAGCAGCUACUGGCAGCAACUGACGGCUUCAGCCCUUCUCGCCUGCUGGGCUGUAGCACAGGGGGCAGCACCGGGGGAAGCGUGUACCGGGGAGAGCUGCUAGGCUGCCACGUGGCAAUCAAACGCCUGCAGGGUCCGGGGAUUGGGCCCAGGGGUAAUGGGCCUCCUGCCACGUCAGCUGCCACGUCGUCAGAGGCAGCAGCGUUUUGGAGGGAGGUGGGGGUGCUGGGGGGGGUGCGGCAUCCCCACGUGGUGGCCAUGGUGGGGUACUGCCCAGAGGACUUCUCUGUGGUCUAUGAGCUCAUGCGAGGGGGGUCCCUGUGGAGCAGACUGCACCCUCAACUGGUGCAACAGCAGCAGCAAAGGACACAGCAGAGCCAGCAGCACCAGCCAGCCAACGCCCCUACGCCCUCCCUUCUCCCCCCGCCCCUCCUCUGGCACGACCGCCUGCGCAUCGCCUCUGAGAUCUCCUCCGCGCUCCACUCCCUCCACUCCCACCGCCCCCCAUCCUCCACUCAGACCUCAAGCCCCAAAACGUCCUCUUAAGCCUUAUCGGCACCAGCAAGCUCUCCGAUUCCGGCCUCGCAGGGCUCAGCUUCGUGAGUCUCUUCCCCCAGGGGCAGCUGGAUAUCACUUUCAAGGUGCGCGGCACCUUCGGGUUUUGUGACCCUGAUGCGGUGGUUUCCGGGGAGGUUACUGCAGCUUCGGACGUGUUUGCACUGGGCGUGGUGCUGCUGUUACUGUUCACUGGGAUAGAGGAUGUGAAGGAGGUGCACCGACUGCUGGGGCAAGUCUCAAGCACUGGCCCACCCCCUUCCUCCUCCUCAUCUUCGUCAACUUCUCACUCCUCUUCCUCCUCUUCCCGUACCUCUCUCAAGUCUCGCAACCUAGAUAUUGCCGUGCCUUUUUUCGCUGAGCGGCUCGACAAGCGGGCGGGCAGGUGGCCGAGAGAUUUAGCUGCCCGGGCACUGCGCGUGGCGCUACAGUGCGUGGAGCGGCGCGGUGUGGAUCGGCCGGACCUGGAGGCAGUGGUGCAUCCGACCCUGGCUGCAGUUGCCAAGGAGGGGCAGGAGGUGAAGGCACGCCAAGAAGAGCAGCUAGAAAGCCGAUUCAUCUGCCCCCUCUCUCAUCAACGGCUGCGGGAUCCAGUGGUGGCAGCAGACGGGGUGACAUAUGAGAGGGAGGCGAUAGAGGCAUGGCUCGCAACACAUGACACCUCCCCUGCUACCCACCUCCCCCUCAAGCACAAAGAGCUCGCCCCUAAUCUCAUAUUGCGUGAUUUGAUUGUUACUUUGGGUCAUCUGGAGUAGGUGUUCGGUAGUAGAGGAAUCAGGCCAUGCUGUCAGGCUUGUUAGCCUAGGAGGACUAGGCAUUGUGCAUACAUAAUGAAGAUGUAGUUUUGGGGCGUGUGUUAUGUGUCAAACAUAUUUGUAUAUGUUAUAAUAGGCUAGAUAGGUGCAUGCUCUUAGAGGGUACAACCACUUGAACAAAAUCAACAUGUAUGCCUCAU